AUGGAUGGACCAAAUGUCUACAUCAUGCAGAGGCAGGUCCUCGGUAGUGUUCUCGGGGGUGUGGGAAGUGUCGUUUCCGGCCUAGGAAGCGGAAUCAACUCUGCAGUGAGUGGGGUGGGUGCAGGGGUAACUUCUGGUUUGGGAGAAAUCACUAGUGCAGUUCUCCCUACUAUUACUACUCCGACCUCCACUUCAGCUACUUCUUCCUCUACGUCCGUUUCAAGUACUCCUACUUUUUCAUCAUCAUCAACAAUAACAUCCACCUCCUCAACAAUAACACCAACAUCUUCGACGAUUACGUCUCGCUCUACUUCGUCUUCCGUUGCAUCUUCGAGUAGUCCCACAACGACGUCGUCAUCUUCUACUGACAUUCUUUCCUCGUCGGCUUCUAUCUACACCUCGACAUCAGACGGUGUCAGAGAAACGAUCACUGCAUUUGUGACACCGUCAGCUUCUCCGAGUCCUAGUCAAAGUCCUGUCAGCAGCACUAACGGAUUCUUGAACAACAAGCCACUCGAGGGCUUUGUAUUCGCCUUGUGCGGAAUUGUUGGUAUUGUUAUUCUCUGCCUAGUGACUACGUUCGCGCUUCGCCGCUCCCAGAGGAAGAGGAUGCUCAAUGAAGCGUUGUCUUACGAACCCACUACUACACACGGCUACACUGGCCAUACAGAUCGAGAUGUAAAUGAGAAGAUUCGCGCAAGUUACAGCUCGGCCGGGAGUUCAAGCAAUGGAUUAGGACCGCCUCAUUCUAACGGAUCCGCGAUUGCUGGCGGAUACUAUAGCGCGCCAGGCAUGGCUCCGCAGGCAGCUCAUCAGUAUGAACGCGAGUAUCCCGCUUACGCACCUCGGUCACCGAAUCCCGCCUACGAUAAUUCCCGUUCUCAUGGUCCAUCUUACAACUACAAUAUGAGCGGGGCCCCUGUCAUGGCUGGCUACAUUCCUCCUGCUCAGCCUGCCUUUAUUCAACCUAUCCUGGCGACAAAUAGCUCCAGGGUGCCGGUGCCCGCGAUGUCUCCUGAUCCUACUGCUGCUACUGAAUCUGCGGUUUGA